AUGUUGGCAAAAUGGCCCGGUUACACGCUGACGGGUGGUAACCCUAUGUAUCCGGUGCUGCGCGUGUGGAACACGAGUAGCGUCAUGUCGCUGAACGUGAACUAUCGCCUGCCUGUGACGGAGAGCAGCCCCGACUGCACCACCGUGCCCGAGCUCGGCAAGGCCGUCACCUGCCCCGCCAUUUCCAUCCAUCGGUCCUACGGCGUGCAGAUUGGCAAGAGAGCACCACUAACUGGGCAUAGGAGUGGCAAAGGUGGGCAAGGGAGUGGCAGAGCUGGGCAAGGAGUGGCAGAGCUGGGCAAGGGAGUGGCAGAGCUGGGCAAGGGAGUGGCAGAGCUGUUCAAGGGAGUGGCAGAGCUGGGCAAGGACCUGUCUCCUCCACAGGGCACCGUCUUUGGCCCAGUUUACGUGGUGAGAAGAACAGGCACGCGCCAAGACCCACAAAAGUUCUCUUGUCUGGAUUCUUCCGGUGGACGUGGUGCUCCUCAUCUUUCCACGUGCCUCCACUCUCAUCCCCAUUCCCUCUCCUUCUCUUCCCCUCACAGCACCGUCUUUGGCCCAGUGGGCGUGCAAUGGAGCAUGGCCAUGCCGCGUGCGGCUGGACUCACUAACGCUCACUGGAGUGGUUUCUCUCUCUUUUUCUCAUCCCACACGUCGUCUCAAGCUCCCGCGUGCCUCCAAGCUACCCCCUUUCCCGUCUACCUCUCUCCCCCCCAGGGCAACAUCUUUGGGCAAGUGGACGUGCUACGCAGCAUGGACGUGCGCCUGGACUCACUCUCGGAAACCGGAGUGGCUUCCUUUAUCAAGUCACCUGGGGUGAUCCGAGUGGCCCUGUGUGGGUACGGGCCGGGACUUCUCAAAUCCAACAUUGUCAUCUCCAACAAUGAGGUGUACGGGGUGAACACCCCCAUUGUGCUGCACAUGGGAGCAGAGGGCAUAGCAGUCGCCAGCAUCUACAUCCAUGACCAUUGGGUGAAUACUCCGAUCCUCUUGCACAGGGGAGCAGCUGGUGUAACCGUCAGGAACAACUACGUGCACGACUUCAUAUUCACUGGAAUCAAGUGCGGUGCCGACGUGCAUUACAGCUUUGCGUGCAUGCUCAGUCGCAUCAACUCCAACCUUGUGGUUUCCUCUGGAAGGAAUCUCAACGUGGAUCACGACUCGGCUGGGAUCUACUUCUACACGCACUGGUUCAGUCCCGGGAACUCGGCGCUGUGCAAUUACGUGUUAAACGGCGACCACUGCUACUAUCUGGACCAUUGCUCGUCGGCCGUGCUUGUCAGGGGAGCAGUCCCCUUUGCACAACAACUCCGGAUGCUGUACUGCCCUGUAAUGCCGUCCCCCCCUUCCUCCCCCGUGUUCACUGCAGGAACGUGA